GAAGAAAUGAAAAAAAAUCUACUCUUCACUUCUCAAAGAAAGCAGGCAAAGCUGUUUUCCUUUAUAUUGAAACUAUAUUUCAAACAUUACUUAGGGAGUGAAUAUUUUAGGGCUGUUUGACCUUUAUUUUUCUGAAUCUAUUAAAAUAUAGGUGAUAUGAAAAAUGAAGCCAACAGGUACAGACCCAAGGAUCUUAUCUCUAGCUGCUGAAGUUGCAAAAAGUCCUGAGCAGAAUGUCCCUGUUAUACUGUUGAAGUUAAAAGAAAUAAUAAACAACACACCUUUAGGAAGCUCAGAGUUGAAGAAAAUCAAACAAGAUAUAUAUUGUUAUGACCUCAUUCAAUAUUGCCUCUUGGUCCUCAGUCAAGAUUGUUCUCGAAUCCAGGGUGGUUGGACUACAAUUUCCCAGCUUACACAGAUAUUAAGCCAUUGCUGUGUGGGCUUGGAGCCAGGAGAAGAUGCAGAGGAAUUUUACAAUGAAUUACUUCCAUCGGCUGCAGAAAAUUUUCUGGUUUUGGGGAGACGAUUGCAAACAUGCUUCAUCAAUGCAGCUAAGGGUGAAGAAAAAGAUGAAUUACUACACUUUUUCCAAAUUGUGACUGAUUCUCUGUUCUGGCUCUUGGGAGACCAUGUUCAACUCAUCCAAAGUGUACUACAAAGUGAUCAUUUCUUGCACUUACUGCAAACUGACAAUGUUCAAAUAGGAUCUACAGUCAUGACUAUGCUACAGAGCAUACUACAGAUCAGCAGUGGUGAUUUACUGAGAAUAGAAGGAAAAACCCUGCAUUCAAUUUUAGACGAAGUUGUUUUCAAGCUUUUAUCAACUCCUAGUCCAGUCAUAAGACGUACUGCCACAAAGCUGCUACUGUUGAUGGCUGAAUCCCAUCAGGAAAUUUUGAUUUUACUGAGACUAAGUGCCUGCUACAAAGGCCUCAGAAGUCUACUAAAUAAACAAGAGCCCGGGACAGAGUUUAGUCAAGAACUUAGACAGCUCAUUGGCCUUUUAAACCCUAAGGCCUAUCAGGAAGUAGAAGAACAGAAACUACAUCAAGCAGCUUGCUUGAUUCAAGCUUAUUGGAAGGGUUUCCAAACUAGAAAGAGAUUAAAGAAGCUUCCAUCUGCUGUGAUUACUUUGCAGAGGAGUUUCAGAUCUAAACGAACAAAAAUAUUACUGAAGCUAAAUAGGCAGAAGGAAGAAGAAGACCGCAGAUUACGAUUGCAACUUCAAAGACAGAGAGCCAUGAGACUUUCCAGAGAAUUACGGCUGAGUAUGCUUGAAAUAGUUCAUCCAGGCCAAGUGGAAAAACAUAAUCGGGAAAUAGAAGAUAAAUCAGCAUUGAUUAUCCAGAAACAUUGGAGAGGGUACAGGGAAAGGAAAAAUUUUCGCCAACAGAGGCCAUCUCUCACGGAGUAUAAAGCAGCUGUCACACUUCAAAGAGCAGCUCUUAAAUUCCUAGCAAAGUGCCGUAAGAAAAAGAAACUAUUUGCUCAUUGGCAAGGACUCAGAGAACUCACUGAUGCACGCAGAGUUGAACUGAAGCAACAAGUGGAUGACUAUGUCAGAAGACAUCCAGGCUCUCCGAUGUCAGAUGUGACCAGCAGGGAACUUCAUUCCCAAGCACAAGAACGGCUGCAGCACUACUUCAUGGGCAGGGCCCUGGAAGAGAGAGCCCAGCAGCACAGGGAGGCUCUGAUGGCUCAGAUCAGCACCAACAUUGAACAGUUACUGAAGGCACCAAGUCUGAAGGAGGCAGAAGGGAAAGAACCUGAGCUCUUCCUGAGUAGAUCCAGGCCUGUGGCAGCCAAGGCCAAGCAGGCCCAUCUCACCACCCUGAAGCACAUACAAGCACCCUGGUGGAAGAAGCUUGGAGAAGAAGCAGGAGAUGAGAUUGAUGUCCCAAAGGAUGAGCUUAGUGUAGAGUUAGGAACUUUAUUCAUUGGUGGAACCAAACCCCCUUAAGAAGUUACCCUGAGAAAUUACACAUAUUUUAUAUUUCAGGAGAUUAUAUUGGUUCUGCCUCUGGCUUGCUAGUAGACUAGAGCUAUCUUAACUCAUGGUUUUCCAGAGGUUCCUCUCCGAACAAGACUUGCAAGCAGUAAGCAGAGUUAUCUUCUACCUCUAUCUUAGUUCUCUUUUUAUUUUUUACCACACACCCAUCCCUGGCCACACACACAAAUUGGUGUGCUGUUUAUCGUGGAACUAAACAGCAUGGCAUUCUAUUGCUUACAUGAAAUGUGAUAUAUAUAUAUAUAUGUUUUUGCUUCUGCUGUUUUCCAACUAAACAUGUUUUCUAAAUAAAUAUUUUCGACAGUU